GACGAUGUUUUCAUUGCUCCGGACGACCCUCGUACCACAUUUGCCAGCCAGCGUCCGUUUCCGCUCACAGCUCGCACCUCGUCAAGUCCAACAUGUCAAACGACACAAAGGUCGCGUUCCGAUACCCAUAGGCGGGUCAACCAAAGGUACUACACUUGCUUACGGUGAAUGGGGUAUCCGCAUCAAGGGCAUGGGCGUCCGCUUCAGCGCGAAACAGCUUACUACGGCUGAGGAAGUCAUAAAGCGCAAAAUAAAGGUCGUCAAAGGCGCAAAAGUCUAUCUUAGAGUUUUUCCUGAUAUUCCAGUUUGCAUCAAGGGAAACGAAACUCGUAUGGGUAAAGGAAAAGGGACGUUCGAGUUUUGGGCUACCCGGGUUCCCACCGGUCGCGUCAUAUUUGAGAUCGGAGGGACUCCAAUUAGAGAAGAGUUGGCACGCGAAGCUUUACGCCAAGCAGCAGACAAGCUCCCGACGAUAAUGGAAUUCAUCACGCGUUCGACGCCCCCUAGACUAGGAAAUUUAGUGCUACAACCAGAACCUUCUACCGAUCAACUUUCAUCUCCUACACAGACAGCUGAGACCUAGUUACUAGCCUUUGUAAUGCAUUCAUAAUUGGAUUACAAGGUUUUGUACAGUCAUCAAACCA